GCCUACGAACUGGGCUGAAGCUUUCAAUUCCGAAGCUUAGAAACGAGGCCGAAACUUUUAAUUCGGUAUGGACAUCACAAAUAAAAAAUCCACAGCCUCCCAUUACAUCGAGAAUAACGUGGAAGUGGAAACUUCUUUUGCAGCUCUAGAGAUAUUAUCCAUUCACCUUGCAUUUCGGUUACUGUGAGAAAAAACUCAUAGCGAUUUAGGGUUUUAAAUGCAGGGUUACCUGCGGUAUGGCUGCUAAAGAUAGAAUCAGUGAACUUCCUGGUGAUGUAAUUGACCAUAUUUUGGGGUUCUUACCAAUUCGAGAUGCUGCUAGAACUUCUGCUUUGUCUACAGUUUGGAGAGAUGUCUGGUUAAGUCUUUCCCAACUUAGAUUUGAUAGGAAGUUUUUCAAUUACAUCCAGUACAACUACGUUAUGGCCUCGGCCAUGUUUAUCAUCAACAAAAUUCUUAUGAAACAUAAUGGACCUAUUCGAAAAUUUGUCUUUGAUUUUACCAUGUUUUAUUUGAAAGACGACGAAGAUAAGUCUCGAUGGGCUGAAUUUGAUGAAUUGUUACUUUUUCUCACAAGAAAUGGUGUUGAAGAAAUGGACCUAUCUUUUGAGUCAUCUGCGUACAUAUUGCCUGAUUUCAUAUAUUCUUGCUCAACACUGAAAAAGUUGAGUCUUUGUGGAGUGUUUAUUGAACCAAUAAAGGCCUCAUGCAUAUUUCCUAAUGUCACUUCUCUUUAUCUUGAAGAUGUUGAGUGUGAUUCAAAAAAUCUUGUUCAAUGUCCUGCUGACCUUCCUAUGCUCAAGUCUCUUGUGUGUCGAAAUAUUUCUGGUUUUAACAUCACUGCCCCAAAGCUUAGCUGUUUAACAAUUUGCUUUACUCUUAGACAAGGUAUUCUUCCUGUUAACUUGGACAUGAAAACAAUCCAUUCUCUUCAUCUCGAUGAUUAUUCGACAAAGGAUUUUAUUAAAGAGUUAACUAGAUUGGGAAAGCAAGGAACUACACUCAAUGUGAACCACCUCAAGCUAGGGGUUGAUGUCAAAGAUGAUGAAAUUUCUGCGUUCAUUGAUUUGUUGCGGAUGUGCCCAAAGUUAUACAGACUUGAUAUACUUCUACCGGUAAUCUUCAGCAUCAUGAAGAAUCAUUGUUCUAUUAAAUUAAACUUUUCAUUUAUUUCCACCCUUUCUUGAUGUACAUUUUUGGCGUAAAUACAUAUUUGACUGAAUGAGUUAUGUUCUCACAUUCUUCUUUUUUUCAAAUUCUUUUUAGUGGGAUGUAGAGGCGACUACUAUAGACUUCUUGUUGGAGCAUCCAAAGUUUAAUGUGGCCGAAACAUGCAAAACAGUUCAUGAAUUGCAUCUUUUCUGCAUGUUUAGUGGGUCAAGGGGAGAAAUGCUACUCUUCAAGUGGCUACUUACAUGCUUUCCCAUGCUUAAGAAGCUUUUCGUAUUCCAAAGUACAGUAUUUUCCUCCCAGACGGAGAACAGAAAAAAGCGGAAACUUUUGCGCUUUCUCCGGGGUUCUUCAAAAGCCAACAUUGUUUACAUUAUAGAACGUCGUUAGAUUUGUAGUCUAUUUGAAGUAUUUUGUUAUACAUAGUGCAUAUGACUAUUUUCAAGUAAGGAUGUUUUUACUUGGACUGUAAUUUGCCCCAGACCAGUCCAGACCAGACCAGACCAGACCAGUUCAGACCAGACCAGACCAGACCAGACUUGGAUAGUUAUAAAAAUACAAAGAAACCAGACCUUACCAGACCAGUUCAGACCAGACCAGACCAGACCAGACCAGAUCAGACCAGAUCAGACCAGACCAGACCAGACCAGCAAAUUACAGUCCAAGUAAAAACAUCCUAAGUCAUCUAUAUGUAAACUUUCAACCUCCAAAUUUUGCUGAAAGUUCCCUACUAGCUUUAUGUCUUUAAGGCCAGCACGACUGAAUUUCUUUAAGUGAGAUUUCUCCAUCCCCUAACCUACUAUGAUCUCGGGUACUGAAUUUCAAGAUUUCAGAAGUGGAUCGAAAUCGAGCUUGUUAUAUUCGGGCUGGUUGAUUUCGGCUCAGUUACGAAUAGAGGAUUUCGGGCCUGAUUUCAAAAAGUAGAAAUUCAGGCCUGCUUCGAAAUUGAGGAUCUCGGGCCUUGGUUCAAAAUUGAAGAAUUCGGAGAAAAGGAUUUCGGGCUGGCAAACUGGAGAAGAUCUCGGUUGCUGAUCUCGGGAGUAGCUCAAAUUCUUUUGUUGAAGAUAUAAGAUUUCGAGUACGCGAAAAACUUAAUCUCGUACAAAUAGGGUUCCUUUCGUGAUCUUCUUUUCUUCCUUUAGAGCAGCUGCAAGUCUGCAACACAAACUACGUAAAAUACCAAGAAAAAAUCUAGAACUAAUUCAACCAAAACUUGUGAUUUUGAUCAAAUUAAUUCCUUCAAAAUUCUCAGAAUAACGUUGAACAGAAUUAUGCUGAGGCUUUGAUGCCAAUUGUAUGUAAUCCCAGAUCAACAGUCGAAUAAACUCUAAAUAAUAAUAUGGAGAAAUUGAGUAGAAGAGGAAUAAUUCAUCAACAAUUAAUAUUAUAUAUUCAUAAUGAUGUGACAAUAAUACAUGAUAUACGUAUGAAUUGUUGAGAGAGAAAAAUUAGAGGUGCUCUAUGAGAAUGAUAAGUGCGGAAUUAAUCUUGUGGAGGC